CCCUUCCUCUCGCCUCACCCCGCUCCUCGUGCGGAGACAGACCACGUGUGGCUCGGAGGCAACGCACAUUCAUAGUCAAUCUUUCCGUAAACUCAACAUGACGGCAAAGGUUGAUAGCAGUCCUAGAGGAGGCUUCCGUGGAGGCAGAGGAGGCUUCCGUGGGGGCAGAGGAGGCUUCCGUGGGGGCAGGGGUGGCUUCUCAGAAGGCAAAGGAGGUUUCUCAGAAGGCAGGGGCGGCUUCAGAGGAGGAAGGGGUGGUUUCAGGGGGGGCAGAGGUGGCUUCAGAGGGGGCAGGGGCGGUGGCUUCAAUGAAGGCAGGGGAGGCUUCAGAGGGGGCAGGGGCGGCUUCAGAGGAGGCAGAGGUGGCUUCAGAGGGGGCAGGGGUGGAAUGGAAAACAGACCUAAGCCAGAAUGUGAUCCAUGUGGUCUGUACAUAAGAACACCACCAUUUAGCAAAGAAACUACUGAGAAAUUACUAGAAACAGGAAAGAAAGCAAACUACACAUUUUGCAGAGGUUUAUAUAUUUACUGCCACACAGAAGAAGCUGCUAACAAAACUAAAGAAACUUUAAAUAAAAUGAAGUUCAAGAGUGGAAAUACUUGCAAGGUGGAUUAUUGUUUCUCAAGGUCUGAACAAAGAACUGACGCGCCGGAGACUGACCCUAAAAGCCUGUUUGUAAGAAAGCCAGAGGGGGAGUUUGAUGCUAAGGAGGCCAAACAGCUCAUCGAGAUCGGAAAGAAUGCAAAUCACAUUUCAUUCCACAGGGUCUUCACAGUGUCGUUUGGGUCAGAAAAAGCAGCCAAUGAUAUCAGAGAGAAGUUGUCUGAAAUGAAAUGCAGUGAUGGAACAACACCAAAAGUACAAUACAAAUUCAAACCCAAGAGAAAUUUUGAAGAAGCAGAAGCAACGAAAACAGAAGAUGCCUCCCCAAAGAAAAAGGCAAAGAAGGAAGUAGCACCAGUAGUAGAAGAGGAGGAUGAGGAUGAUGAUGAUGAAGAAGAGGCAGAAGAGGAAGAAGGUGAUGAUGCUGAAGGUGAAGAGGAAGAGGAUGAUGAUGACGACGACGAUGAUGAUGAUGAGGAUGAGGAUGAUGAUGAAUAGAAUAUAUUGGUUUUGUGAUUGUCUGUUAGGAAUGUGUUGAAUUAUUCUAGGAAGAAUAUAAAAUAAAUUUAGAUCACAUUGUCUAAUGUGUGAAUGGGUAUCAUUUGUUUCAUUCAUUUUACCUGUACUGAAUGUUAGUGUAUCAUACCUAAACUGCCUGGAAUGAGAGGAAGAUGCGUGAAAUUAAGUAUGUUAAUCUUUUUAUCACGUCAUAUGGAGUGUAAUAAGAAUUUUUAUUUGUAAAUGUAAUGGUACUAUACAUUGUUAUUUAGUCUUGACUGAAUAUAUCUUUUUUUUGGUU